AGAGUUUUAAAUUAUUAUCGUCUUGAAAUCGAGGUUCUUCUGCAAUGGGGUCGACCGGAUUGGUAUCUAAAGUGCUGUUUUUAGCAUUCUUGGCUACAGUUCAUCCAACCACCGUAGACGAAAAUGGAUACGUAAUGUACUGUCCGUGCAUGGGCCGUUUUGGGAAUCAAGCAGACCAUUUUCUGGGUUCACUUGGGUUUGCAAAGGCAAUCAAUAGAACACUCGUUUUGCCGCCGUGGGUAGAAUAUCGCAAAGCCGAACCCCGAUCAGUGCAGGUACCGUUCGACACCUACUUCCAGGUGGCUCCUCUUCAAGCUUUCCAUCGGGUGAUAACGAUGGAAAACUUUAUGAAAAACCUAGCACCAGCCCUCUGGCCACCGGCGGAGCGUAUUUCCUUCUGCUACACCGAGCGCAUGGGCCUUGAUGGUAGCGCCGGCCACGGUUGCAACGCGAAAAGUGGCAACCCAUUUGGAUCGUUCUGGGAUACGUUCGAUAUAGAUUUCGUUGCGUCGGAGUUCUUCGGCCCCAAGCUGCACUAUGACAUACACCACGGGGAAAACAUGGCCAGCAAGUGGAUCGAACGCUACCCGGCGGAUAAAUGGCCAGUGCUAGCAUUUACCGGAGCACCGGCUGUCUUCCCAGCGCAGCGUGAAAAUCUCGACCUCCACCGAUACCUGAAAUGGUCUACCAAGUACGAAAACGAUGCAAAACAGUUCAUCCGGGAAGCACUACCGAGAGGUGCUUUUAUCGGCAUUCACCUCCGCAAUGGCAUCGACUGGGUCCGAGCCUGUGAGCAUGUGAAGGAAAGUUCGAACCUCUUCUCAUCCCCGCAGUGCCUGGGCUAUCGGAACGAACACGGUCAGCUGACGGGAGAAAUGUGCAUGCCUAUGCGGGACACCAUCGUGCGUCAGCUGAAACGUCGCAUCAAGCUUCACCGGGAAGCCAAUCCGGACAAUCCCAUCCGAGCGGUAUUCGUCGCCUCGGACAGUAACCACAUGCUGGUGGAGCUGAAUGAUGCACUGAAGCGCAUGGAAGUGAUCGUUGUGCGCCAUCCGGAUGGAAACCCCCACCUGGAUCUGGCCAUACUUGGGCGUUCGAAUCAUUUCAUCGGCAACUGUGUAUCGUCCUAUUCUGCGUUCGUUAAGCGUGAACGUGAUGCGGUUGGAUUUCCAUCUUCCUUUUGGGCCUUCCCGCCAGAAAAACCGUCACCAAAAUCGAAAGGCGCUGGAGCGAAUCACGAAGAGCUCUGAGUGGCUUAAAUGCUGGAAUGACGGAUCACUCUCUUAACUGCCAUUUAGAAUAGGCGAAUGGUUUUGUAACAAGCCAUAAUCAAUUCAAUGAUGCACAAUUAGGUAGAAUAACACGUGUGCAGGUUUUGCUACCAUCAUGCACUACAUGGUUUUGAUUAAAAAAACGCUGUGACACAUAGUCUGACAUGUUUUUAAUGAAUGUGAAUUUCCUUAAACUCCACUACUUUUUUUAUUUUGGAUAAAUAAACGAAUAUUUUUUCCUAAUGCAUGCUC